AUGUGUUUUAUUGUUCAGGUCAAAAUGGAUCUCGGACGCGUGAUUUCAAGAUUUAUUCUUCCAUCUUUAAUUCUUGCUACGACAUCACUUGGUCAACAAGGACUGAAUUCUUUUGCCGAGAUCAAGGAAAAUCUAGAAGGGGGAAGACGACUUCAAAUGAACGCCUUUGCAGAUCGCUGCGAAUCCACGACACCAACGGACUUGAGCAUGCCCUUGCGGCAUUGGCAAAUCGUGACCGAAAAUGGCGAAACAACUGUGCGAGCGAACGAUUUCAGCGUUUUACCAGGAAGAUCCGAGCUUUCCUUCAUUGUUCGCGAGCUGAACAUAUUUGCAAACGGAACAGUGAAGGUCGACAUUAUUGUUCCUGCUCAAAUUACCGAAACGUAUUCAGUCACUUGCGUCUUGGGUCGAGGGGCUUUUGUUCAUCGGGUCGACUUCGGAGCAGACGUGGAACAGCUGGUGUCCUACGACGAAAUAAAGACAGGCUUGCUCCUUGGAAAACACAUAGAAGCUGUUGGCACAUUGCAUAAGUGCUACAACUACCAAGAAGUACUUGGAGACACAGAACUUACCGUCGGCUUCCUCGUUAGCAACAUUGCAGUGCUUAACGAUGGACAACCAAAUGAGGCAAUGGCAUCUUUUGAAAACGCUCUGGUUUCUCCGACACUCGGUGGCCCGGACUUGGUGUAUUUCUCAGACGCCUUCAUCUUGCCAAGAAAUGCUGAUAUUUUGAUCAAUUCCGGGAGUUUCGACGUCAGCGAUGGAUUCAAUCAAAACUUUGCGGCGAAUUUGUCGUGUCCUGCGGAUGCCUUGACGUUCUUUGAUCACAAACGUGCUAUGGACGAUACAUACUUGACGUAUGAAGGAGUGAAGCAGGCGGUUCUCAGUGGACAUGACUUGGUUUAUGUCGCGUUUCCAGGGUUGUGCGAAUUAGUGUCCGGGGAUCCAACACCUGCCGACAUCGGAAUGAGGAUGUUUGAUCAGUACGAAUUAGUUUCUGUUGGAAGCGACGCGAACGAAAGUCGGGAGUACAUCUCGUUCAAUUUCUUCGCUUUGGACCCACAGGGUCUUCUGGUCACGGAUGCCGUCAAGGUCUUCAAUGACGACACCACCCUGUUGGAAUACAGCACAUUCGAUCUGGCUUCUGGCUCUAGUGACAGGGACACUGACGACAACCGGGCAGAGUAUCCCGCAACUGGAGCAGUUUCUUGUCCUCUCGGAGACGCUUCAUUAUUCCACGCUGCUCGAGGAACAAGUGACGUGAACUUGAACACCGUCAGUGGAGGCGUCGUUUGGGAAAUGUUCCAUGAAACUACCAGUGAUGCUGAGGCUUUCACUGGCUCUGUGUCCGCCAUUGCAAACGAAUCCAACGGAGAAACUUCUUCUCUGGUUUGGGAAGUCCUAGGAUUCUCCCUGUUCUCCGAUGGCACCGUUUUCGUCUACCCAAGAAAAUUUGAUUUCCUCAGUGGUCAAGAACUUAGUGGUGGAGGAACAGUUGUUUGCGUGCUGGGAAACAGCUUGCCAGGGUUUGGUGGAGUUCGAUUCUUCCGUUAUGGGAACUGACCACAUAUAUCGACUUGGAAAAAUUGAAUUUUGUGGUCGAAUGCCUCAGUUCAUGCCUGGGAAAUAAACUAUUUAAUUCAA